GGCGGAGGUGCCGCAGGGUUGCAGGUGUGCGGCUCCGUCCCAGGGGAUGCGGCGGCUCCGCGGACGGAACUUCAUUUUCGAGUGUUAGUCCUUGCAAAAAAGUGCCCAAUUAUAAUAUGCCAUUGGUGAUACAUCAUCUUCAAAAAGAUUACGAAUUAUCCAGCCUACCUUUGCUACUAAUGAACAGAAAACUGAUUUAAAUGAAGUGCCAACAAGGGAUUGUCCUUGAUUUUUAUACUUUAUAGUAUUCCUCAAAUUAUUGUCACAUUUUCUCUUACAUUAAAAACUGCAUUUAAGUUAGAAACAUGAAGCAGUUGAAAAGGAAAAGGAAAAGCAACUUUAGUGUUCAAGAAACUCAGACUCUUUUGAAAGAAAUUACAAAAAGGAAAGAAGUCAUUUUUUCUAAGCAGCUCAAUACAACAAUUAACGUGAUGAAGCGCAUGGCUUGGGAGGAGAUUGCGCAGUGUGUGAAUGCUGUGGGAGAAGGAGAGCAGAGGACGGGGACCGAAGUGAAAAGAAGGUACCUGGACUGGCGAGCACUUAUGAAGAGAAAGAGGAUGAAGGCGAACAUUAAGCUGGUUGGUUCUGGGUUUCCCCUUCCUUCAUCCGACUUAGACGAUUCUCUUACUGAAGAGAUUGAUGAAAAGAUUGGAUUCCGAAAUGAUGCAAAUUUUGACUGGCAAAAUGUGGCAGAUUUCAGGGAUGCAGGUGGAUCCUUAACUGAGGUCAAAGUGGAAGAGGAAGAAAGGGAUCCUCAGAGUCCUGAAUUUGAGAUUGAGGAGGAAGAAGAAAUCCUGUCUUCGGUCAUACCAGAUUCUAGGAGGGAAAAUGAACUUCCUGAUUUCCCUCACAUCGAUGAGUUUUUUACUCUAAACUCAACUCCAUCCAGGUCUGCCUAUGAUGAGCCCCAUUUGCUUGUAAAUAUAGAGAAACAGAAACUAGAGUUGGAAAAGCGACGGCUGGAUAUCGAGGCUGAACGGCUGCAGGUGGAGAAGGAGCGGCUGCAGAUCGAGAAGGAGCGGCUGCGACUCUUAGACCUGGAGCACGAGCGGCUGCAGCUGGAGAAGGAGCGGCUGCAGCUGGAGAGGGAGCGGCUGCGGUUGCAGAUAGUCAGUGCCGAGAAACCAUCUUUGGAAGCUGAACUUGGUCAAGGUGAGAAGGCCGUACUCCAGCCGCAGGACAUAGAAACGGAGAAGUUAAAACUUGAGAGAGAACGCUUGCAACUAGAAAAAGACAGGCUGCAGUUUCUGAAAUUUGAAUCAGAGAAGCUGCAGAUUGAGAAGGAACGCUUACAAGUAGAGAAAGAGAGGCUCCGAAUCCAGAAGGAAGGACACUUGCAGUGAUGUCUCUAGGUCUCCAUGAGCAAAUGUUUGUAAACCACAGGUUUUUCUCCACGUCGGGCAAUAGGAAAACGGUCACAGGAUUAGCUAUUUUUCCCCCUGUUUAAUGUCAGUGUUUUCAAUAGGAAAAAGAUAGUUGUAUGUGAGUAACUGUAUGCUAAGUAGUAUGUCAUAUUAAAAUCACAUGCCCUAGCAUAAACAGUAUAGCAGGAACUAUUGUGCUGUACUCCUUAAAUUAGUAAAAUUACAUAGUGUGUAUAAUCUGUACACUCAGAGUUUACAAUAUGUCUGUGUAAAUUUCUAGCUCAGUGUUUUUCAACUGGUGGUGAUUUUGGGCCCCAGAGGAUGUUUGGCAAUGUUUGGAGACAUUUUUGGUUGUCAAAAAUGGGAAGUGGGGUGAGUUGCUGCUGGAAUGUAGUAGGUAGAGGCCAGGGAUGCCUAUGUCCGGCAGUGCACAGGACAGCACCCCCUGCAAAAGAAUUAUCCAACCCAAAAUGUCAGUAUUACUGAGGGAGAAACCCUAUCCUAGCCUAAAAGUGUACCUCUAUAGCUUUGUUUUAUAGUUUUAGACUAUAAAAACCUCAGAUAUUUAUGUGUGUAGUUACUUAAAUGGCCAAAAAGCUUUUAACUAUGGAACAUUACUGUGUAGUAUAUAGAAUUUAGGAAGUGAUGAAAAUUAUAGAUACUUUAUUUCCAUGUUUCCAUCUAAAAAUAACCCAAUUCAGAAAACAAUAGAGGGAACAUCAGAAAUUGUCCAAAAUGAGUCACUUUGAAAGCAAUUCAUUCAUCUAACCAUAAAUGCUUUAGAAACAACACACACUUUUUAAGCUUUAGUUCCCUUUCUUCUUUAAAUCCAUUUUCAUCAUUUAGAUAUAAAAAUUGUCAUUUCAACCACAUACUGAAAUCUUAAUGUAACCGAACGGUUGAAGCUAGUGAAAAUGAUACCAAUAUAAAAAUGGUACCAAUAGUCCAUGAGCUUGAAUUCAGUGAGUGGUUAUUUGAUUUUUAAAGUAAA